AAGACCAGGUACAGAAUAACAUCACGUGACCGCUUGUUUGUAUAACACAAAACAGCCAGACGCAGAGACAAGCGUUCUGUGGCUUUCGUUUUUUAAACGGCCAGGAUAUUUCAAACUCUGAACGUUCUAAGAUGUAAUCUUCCCCCAAGAACAUUGUAGAUCAGGUAAGGGGACGGGCAAGAGUACAAAAACAGACGUUGCUACAAGUAAAAGACGCCCAGAUCAGUUAACGCUAAGUGUAGCGUACGCUGUUGUCACGUAGGGAGGGUGCAGGCCAUUUUCAGGCCCUCCCUCACGGUAGAACUUCAACUUCAAGGCGAGGAGAACAGUUUAGAUCUUGGAGCGGUCUCCGAUGCAGCAGCUGCCAUGCCGGGGUGCUGCGGCGGACCUGAGGGACAGAGCCCACAGAGGAGGCGGCGGCGGUGGGUGCUGGUCGCCGCCCUCACGCUGAUCGUGCUCGGUUGUGCCGUGUGUGUGGUGACGGUCAGCGUUAGUGUGUCCAACGGGCAGCGGAUGAGGUUCCCGUACGAGGGGAUGGGCCUGCUGGCGAUAGGGGUGGGCAUGAUGGUGGUCCACUCGAACUGCGGCGUCCAGAAGAUACAGAGGAGACCUCGGAUGGAGAUCAGCGUUAGCGCUCUCCCGGUCACCAGGGAACCUCAGCGGCCGCUGGACGCACCGCCAGCGUACUGGACGGUGUUCUCACUAUUCAGGGAUCCCAACGAAUCACCCGAGUCUGCGGUACCUCCACCGACGUCAGUGGACCCUGCGUCACUUCCGGGUGGAACCGCACAACUUCCGGUCGCGGUCGUCGUAAACGAGCAGUCGACACCUCCACCGUUACCGUUGCCUCCACCUGCAGUACUGGACGUCUCCGCGCUGACCUUGCCAAUGACCUUGCACACUGACCAAUCACAGCUGCCCUCAUCGCCGCCCCCAUCAUACCCCGCGAGCAGGUGUGACCCGGAUGAACAAAAUGGCGGCAGGGAGGACUUCAGUGACACGGACUCGCUUCCCCCGGAAUAUGACGACAUUACAGACAAUACUGACAACACUGAAUCUGUCACCACACGCCUGUAAAUUUUUAUAAUGCAGUCGUAUGUAUUUUUAAAGCAGCAAAUGAACUUUAUAUGUAUUGCCACGAGCCGUAUUAUAUCACUUUAAUUAAAAGUAUGAUGAUACUAACCAGAAAGGUAGGAGUUGCAAAGCAAAUGCUUAAUGUCUAGACUAGAGAGAUCAUACUGGACUUUGCCAAGCGAAGGCAAGGCAAAAUGGGUUAAAAUAAGUAUCAUUCCGACAAUAUGUAGCAAAUGAACGUACAGUAAUGUAUUGCCUCGAGCCGUAAUAUCAAUAGUAUAUUACAAAAUAUGAUACUAAUCUUAAAGGGAUAGCGAUCCUACGGGCAAAAGUGUAACGCCAAGACAAAGUGCCUUCGCAACCAUCCCGACGAUAUCUUUAAUGUUAUAAAAUGCAUUGAGAAAACCCAUACCGGGUGUCAAUUGUGGCCUACCUGGCCGCGUGUUUACUACAGGCUGAGUAGGUUUGUAAUUCUCUUUGUAUGCGAUAUCGCCCUGCUAUUCUACUUGUGCAUUAACAUGAGCCGUAACUUUUCAACAGGGUUUCCUUCGGGGAGUAUCACUGUAGAUAUCUAUACAUUUUAUUGGUAUCAAUUUUUUAUAAUUGUUACAUUUCACGAACAGAAAUACAUCCUGUAUCCUGUAGCCUACUGUACUUCUGUGUGACGGGCUAUAAGGCGAAACUGAUAACUUAAUAAUUCUGUGCAGCUACAUGUAUGCCUCGAUGAGAAACUUCAGAGGCAGAAAUGAGGUAAGGAAAUUUCUGACGUAAAGGUGUAAGAUAUUGGAGAUAACGUUCUAUACAUUUUAUAAGAUUAUAAAUAUGUACAAAUCAUAUUUCCAGCAUGUGAAUAAAAGAUCAUCUG